AUGAUUGACCCGUUUGACUACAAGAUAACAGCCAAGGGGGCGUGGAACGCCCAUGACACGACCCCAAACCGACUUUAUCUCAACCAAAUCUUGAUGGCCCUUUGGGAGGACGACGGACUGAGCCCUGGUGAACUAGUUUCCGUCGAGUUCUCAUGGAUUGUCAACGAACCCACCAAGGACGCAAUUGCAUCCGCAAGAGCGAGGCUUGGUUUAAGUAACACUGAAGAUUUCAGGAUCACAGAUAGUAGCUCGGUCUGGAGCGGAUUGAUGAACUGCCCCUUUGGCAAGGUUGCGCAGCGGAUGGCUGAAGAAGCCGGCAAGGAUGUUGUCUUAAUCUCCGUAACGGACAGUGGACUUGACGACAUGGCUUUUGAAUUAGCAUAG